AUGACAUGCUUACUAACCAACGGCGACUUCGAGACACCACCAUCGGGAGGUUUCGCCGACGAAGGCCUCGGCGACAACCCCAACGCAAUCCCAAACUGGAAAGUCAACGGCACGGUGGAACUAGUCGCCUCCGGUCAAAAACAAGGCGGAAUGAUUCUCAUCGUCCCUGAAGGUCGACACGCAGUGAGACUCGGCAACGACGCUCAGAUCUCCCAGGAAUUAAAAUUAGAAAAAGGCGAAGUUUACUCCAUCACUUUCAGCGCCUCUCGCACGUGUGCACAGCUAGAAUCGUUAAACGUGUCUGUUCCACCUGCGUCACAGACGAUUGAUUUACAAACGCUGUAUAGUGUUCAAGGGUGGGAUACUUACGCUUGGGCGUUUCAAGCUGAUCAAGAAGAUACUAAUGUCGUUUUUACGAAUCCUGGCAUGGAAGAUGACCCCACUUGUGGGCCCAUCAUUGAUGAUAUUGCUAUUAAGAAGCUUUUUGUUCCUACCAAACCUAAAGAUAACGCAGUACUAAACGGAGAUUUCGAAGAAGGUCCAUGGAUGUUUAGGAACGCAUCUCUAGGCGUCCUACUCCCAACUAACCUGGAUGAGGAAAUCUCAUCCCUACCCGGUUGGAUUGUAGAAUCCAACCGGGCAGUUCGUUACAUCGAUUCAAACCACUUCUCAGUCCCGGGCGGCAAACGUGCCCUGGAACUGCUUUCAGGCAAAGAAGGCAUAAUCUCCCAAAUGGUUUCCACCACCCCAAACAAGCCUUACAAAAUGUCAUUUUCCCUUGGUCACGCGAAUGACAUGUGCAAGCAACCCCUUGCAGUCAUGGCAUUCGCGGGUGACCAAGCGGAGAAUAUUCACUAUGCACCAAACGGGAAUUCCACUUUUCAAAUUGUGAAUGUGAAUUUUACGGCUAAGGCUGAGAGGACACGUGUUGCGUUUUAUAGUGUUUAUUAUAAUACGAGAAGUGAUGAUAUGAGUUCUUUGUGUGGGCCCGUGGUUGAUGAUGUGGCGGUGGUGGUUUCGAAGGGGGUAGGAAUAGGUUCAAUCUGA